AGACAGUAAUAUCGCAGGAACCGGUUCUGAAGAUGCGCGGACAGGUAGCAGUGGUAUUCAACCUUUAUACAGUGGAUAUGCACCCCCUCAACUGGCGCAGCCAACCUACCCAAUGCAUCUACCUCACAACCCCAGGAUUUUUCCCAUGGACCAAUCAGUAUCCAAUUAUAGCAGUAAUCCACCUAUGUCCAUCAAUUUGCCGCCACCUUUAACCGACUCGAUACCAGGUUGGACACCUGGAGCCGCGCCAGUGUCUCCGCAUUUUACAGCGGAUCCAAAUCCUGGUAUUCACAUGCUGGUGCCUGAACAGCAGAGGCUAGACGAUGCCAUCGACGUCCUUCGCGACCUCGGCCCGGUUGAUACACACGGUGGGAUAUACUCGCAUAUCUCAUCAUCGCAGCUAGACCCUCUGACGAGUCCACCUUCUGCAGUAACGGUAACACAAUGUCAAGGUUCCUACCCCGGUCUUACGCCCACGCCCAAUAUAGAUGAUUCCAUUAAAAGAGAAAGAUUACCAGUGACGAAUGCCGAAAAGAGAAUAGAUUUGCUCGUUGGUGAUAGCAAGACGAAGCUAUCGAGAGGGAAACUUGUAGCGGCAGGUGUAAUCUGGGAUGACACGGUCGAUUCGACGUCGCAGAGAAAAGGGACGAAAAGAUCACGCAGAUCGAGUUGCUCCAGCGCUCACGAAGACUGCGACAAUCCUGAUACAAAGCGCGAGGAAGAACGUCGUCAGGCCAAAAACGUGUCUGAAAGGAAACGUACGAGAGAGUUGAACAAGACUUUUAAAAAACUUGCCAAUAAAUAUAGUGAUCAAUCUCAAACGAAGCUGAAUAUUCUCAGCAUGGUGGUGGAAAUGAUAAACAAACUAGAACAACAAGUCACAGAACAGCACCCUAGCGUCUCGAUAGAAGAGUGGAGAGAUUUUUGGUUAGAUUUAAGAAGAGAAGAGGAAGCGAAAGAAGAGGAGGAAAGAGCAAGUGAUGGCCCUGAUUUACCAGGCUAUCUUGCAACGCACAUAGCAUAUCCGCAUUCUCAUUUACUUGCACACUUCCAAUCACUCUUCCCCACAUUAUUUGGUCCACAAUCUUCUCUUCAGCACAAUCCACCACAACCACAGUAGCAGAGGUUCAAUGGCGGUAUUGUUACAUCCUUUGUAUUUCGUCCCUGCGUGGAAGCUGUCUUUCGCGGUAUAUUUAUUGAUGCAUCUCUGAAGGAUCAUCUCUUAGCACGUCGCUAAGAGGAUUCUUUAUCAACAAGAGCGGAUAUUUUGUGAUAGUCGCCAUUUUGAGUAGUUUUACGACUUACCGUCUUAUCGGGCAGACGCAUCUUUCUGACGACUAUAAUUAUCCAAUAUUCUUUGUUGUCUUUCCUAAUUAUUAUUAAAGUUACUGAGUUAUUUUAUAAAAGAAAUGUUAUUAUUUCUCGGCGCGAGUGCUUGUGUGUGAAUGGCGGUUGUGUUGCGCGCUUUAAUAUAUAUGGAAAUCGACUCGCGGACGCAACAGUAUCAUUCUGUGUUAAGAUACAUUAUAAAAUCGAUAACAAAUUUACGAAUAUUAAUUGCACAUCUAUAUAGAAAUUUUUUCUGCUCUCAUAUAAGUUGUAGAAGUAUA